AUGAUCUUCAAUCCAGUCGAAUUCCUCCGAAUCCGUCGCUUCAAUCUACGAGAACACACCGACGAGGAACUGGAAGAAUUUUUGCAACUCUACCUCCGCAACGAAAUUCCGGAUUAUCAAAUGGCAGCCUGGCUCAUGGCAGUCUGCUGUCAGGGCUUGUCAAAGAGAGAAACGGCAACCUUGACACGGUGCAUGGUGGAAUCGGGAGAACAAUUGAUAUGGAACACGCCGACGUCUUACAGAGUGGACAAACAUAGCACGGGAGGUGUGGGAGAUAAAAUUUCCAUUGUCUUGGCUCCUCUUGUGGCUACUUUGGGCUUACAAGUACCAAUGAUGGCGGGAAGGGGUUUGGGUCAUACUGGUGGAACGAUUGACAAGCUUGAGAGCAUUCCGGGAUUUCGAACGGAUUGGUCCGUGGCAGAAUUUCAAACGAUUUGUCAAGAAACGGGAUCCAUCAUCAAUACCACUGGCCCGAGCUUGUGUCCAGCGGACGCAAGACUGUAUGCCCUUCGAGAUGUAACUGGAACCGUUUGGUCCAUUCCAUUGAUUACGGGAAGUAUCAUGUCCAAAAAGAUUGCCGAACGACCCGAUUCCUUGGUGCUGGAUGUGAAAUAUGGCUGUGGCGCCUUUUCUCCCAGUCGAGAAGCGGCACAAGAACUAGCCGAAAGUUUGGUUGCCACUGGAGAAGCCAAUGGAUUGACACCUACCACUGCAUUUCUGACACGCAUGGAACAGCCGAUUGGUUGGGCAGUUGGGAAUUUUUUGGAGGUACAAGAGUGCACACAAUUACUAAAGGGUUGGGAAAAUGACAAAGACUUUCACAAAAGUCGAGAUUUGAUAGAUCUGAUUGUCCAUCAAGCAGGGCAAAUGCUGCAACAUCAAGAUCCGACAAAAUCUCUGGCCGACUGCGUCCAGAAAGCAUAUACACAACUAAAGUCUGGUGCAGCCUAUGCGAAAUGGGUCGAAAUGGUGAAAGCUCAGGGUGGCGAUGCCGAGGCGGCCGUCGACAAUUGUGAUACCUUUAUGGAAACUCAUGCUACAAACACUAAAACAUUCGAGUUGAAAGCUCGCAAGGCCGGUUUUGUCUCGGACAUUAAUGCCAUGACGAUUGGACUAGUGGCCGUGGAUUUGGGUGCUGGACGGAAACAAGCUGGAACUUCCGUUGAUCCUUGGGCUGGUAUGUCAUUCUCGGUCAAGGUAGGAGACCACGUGGAGGAAGGAGAUGUUUUGGUGAAAGUCUUUCAUGACAAGAGCUUGGAUGAUACUGCUGCGACAGAAUGCUACGAACGCAUCUACAAAGCAUUUGAUUUCUCUUCCGAACCAUUGCCACCACUACCACCAAUCAUUACACACAUCAUCACAAAAGAUGGUGGAUGUCAAGAGAUGGACAUGACUCCCUGUUCCUAA